AUGGUUGCGCUCUUGGUCCUAAAUGAAAACAUGAAACUUUACACUAAUUUCCUUGCAGACCCACAGAGUGGAGCCCUGCAGGAACAGCAGUCGGGUGGGGAUGAGGAGCAGAACGAGACGCGUCAUGUCGAGGCCCGUCUGCUCUAUCCAGUGUCCCGGUUUCUGAUUGUUCAGUCCUUGGCUCACCUCUGUCGUUUCGAGAUUCUCCUUCGAGUGCGGCGUGACCACAUUGAGAAGCUGCCUAUCCCCAAACGGUUGCAGGAGUAUCUGCAGGAGCGCCAGUACUACACAGAGUUUAUACAAAAUUACCUGAACUCCGUGAAUCCCACUGCAAAAUGCCCUGCUUUGGGUGCCGCUGUCUGA